UUGGCGCAUGUCGGGAGAGAGAUAAGUUGCGACGAUGUUUGAUGUUGCGUUUAGCUAGUAGUCUCGAGUAUGUGUGCACACUCUCAACUAGGUACUUACUCUGUGUACAACACACGUGCAUAAAUAUGUGCAUGCCAAAAGUUUUUGAUCUACGCCGCUACACCGCGCAGUAAUUUUCGCUGUUUGCGCAGCGCGUUUGCGGUUGAAAUAAUUACGUCCACAAAAUGUGUUGUUUUUUUUCUCUCUGAAUGAUCCUGUAUUUGAGUCUGUAAAUUUGUCUUGCGCAGUCAAUACUCGGCAUAGUUUUAAGUUUUAAACUCACAUGCAUGUUCGGCAAGUGCUCGUGUAAUAAAACACAACUACUUUCACCGCGAUAAUCUCGCCAUACGUGUUUGUCCCUACAGUGCCUCACGAAUAUGAUAAAUGAGCAGACGGCAUAACAUUUUUGCCAUUUAUGCGGCGCUGGAAUUUUGAGGGCAUUGGAGCACUUUAAUCGAGUUAAUAAUAACAGAAUGCAAAGUUUUGAAAUGCGGUGGUUUUGACCAGUAUACCCGCAUACAUCAUCUCAGCAUGAAUAAAUUAACGUUGUGUUGAAAGUGUGCGAGUACGGACUGAUAAUAUAAUUUCCUAGCGUAAAAUGUUUACACAAUCCACGUCGAGUCGUUACGCAGGAAAGGAACAAAUUACACCGGUGCUAGCAAAUAUGGCGUCAUCUCAUCACAGCAUGAACGAACAUGAUGUAGUCCAAUACUUAAAACUGCACCCUGAAUUAGUCGAGAAGUACGUGUUGACCGAAGUAGAACCGGAAGUGUUGGAUAGUUGGGCAACACGUCGAACACCAAUGCGAAAAACACAACGCAGCGAAGACGGGCGAAAGACUAGUCUUAGCAAAUGGCGUUGUUUUCAAGAUCGGCGCAAAAUGCUCGAAGAAUUAGUUCAGAGCCUGAAGAAAAAUUUACGCCGCGAACAAGUCCUAUGGGAGUUAGCAAAUUGUAUAACCGCGGCAACAGAUUCCGACGGAUUAAGGCUGUUUCUAAUUGACAACCCCGAACAUCCGGAAAAGUUACGUCUCUACACCGACGGCGAUAACGCCGCACACACUCACGGCAGAUGCGGGUCUGGAUCAUUCAGAUUGGGAUCAGCGGAAGACUCAAGAGAGUUGCGCAACACCAGCCUGCGGAACUUCGUCGUGAAGCACAGGGAGCCAAUUAGAACGGCGCGAAAGCAUCCAGACAAGCGGUAUCCCAAUAGGCAAGUUAUAAAUGGAAACCAAUCCGAUGAUAAAACGGAUCAAGCGGAAAAUUGUGAGCAGUGUGACGCGGAUGACAAUUAUCACUUCAUGUGCCUGCCGGUGAUGCAAUCGAAUCAGGAGAUGUGCGCGGUGCUGGAACUGUACCGAUGCCCGGAUCGUAAUGAAUUCACUUCAGAGGAGGAAGAGAUUGCCCUCAGCUAUUUGAUUUGGGGUGGGAUAGCACUCCAUUAUGCACAACUCUACAACAACAUGAACCAGCAGAGGAGCCUUAAUGCAUUUCUGCUCGAUGUCGUCAGGUCGAUAUUCCAAGAUAUGGUAAGCAUGGAUCCAUUAGUAACCAAGAUAAUGGACUUUGCACAGAAGCUUGUCGACGCUGAUCGAGCGUCACUCUUUUUAUUAGACGAAAAGAACAACUCGCUGUACUCACAGAUCUUUGACGUUGGCGAUAGUUCAUUGAUGGAUCAAAACGAAGAAAUUCGUUUCCCUUUGGGGAAAGGUAUCGCUGGUCACGUAGCCAAAACCGGUGAAAUACUAAACAUAACAGACGCAUACUCUGAUGCACGAUUUAACCCUGAAGUAGAUAAGAAAACAGGUUAUAAAACUAACAGUAUACUCUGUAUGCCAGUAUACAGAAGCAAAAAGUCCAUCAUUGGCGUUGUACAAAUGGUCAAUAAACAUCACGGAGUCUUCACAACUCACGAUGAAGAAGCGUUUAAAACCUUCGCAGUAUAUUGCGGUUUAGCUCUGCAUCAUGCCGAAUUAUACAACCAAAUUAAAAAAUCCGAACAAAAAUACAAAGUAGCUGUUGAAGUUCUAAGUUAUCAUCGGUCUUGCACUGAAGAAGAAUUCCAACAAGCUUUAGAAGAAGAAAUCCCUCUGGCUAUACCAGGUAUAGAUGAUUAUUAUUUUAAUCCGUUUGAAUUAAAGGAGAUGGAGCAGGUCAAGCACGCAAUGUUCAUGUUUUACGAUCUCUUCGACAUGGAAAAGUUCGAUAGACAUAGCAUGCUGAAAUUUACGCUGACUGUGAAGAAGAAUUAUAGGCGAGUGCCUUAUCACAAUUGGACACAUGGAUUCUCCGUGGCCAAUUCGAUGUAUUCUAUCAUCAAGAAAUCUAAACAUGUCUUUAAGGAGGUUGAGAGCCUCGCGCUGUUUAUAGCUGCGUUGUGUCACGACCUGGACCAUCGCGGCAAGAACAAUAAGUACAUGUUGGACACACAAUCGCCGCUUGCGAGCAUUUAUUCAACCUCAACAAUGGAACAUCAUCACUUUAAUCAGACAGUCACCAUUUUACAACAGGAUGGUCAUAAUAUAUUCCACAAACUAUCUAGUGAUCAAUUCAAACAAAUUCUCGCUUUGAUUAAGCAUUGUAUCCUUGCGACUGAUUUGGCCACGUUUUGGGAUACGAGGAAAUCGUUGCAGGCUUUGGUGGACUCUGAUACGUUUUGUCGUGAGAAUGCUGAGCAUAUGUCGCUAUUGCAGGCUAUAGCGAUGACAGCUAGUGAUUUAUCUGCGAGCGCAAAACCGUGGGACGUACAAGUAAAAACGGUGGACAUUAUCUUUAAAGAGUUUUACGAUCAGGGCGAUGCGGAAUUGGCAGCGGGACGCACGCCGAUCCCGAUGAUGGACCGUAGGAGACAUGAGGAGCAGCCGGCUUCCCAGGUGGAGUUCCUACAUAACAUUUGUACGCCCUGCUAUACUCUGCUGUAUAAACUGGUGCCAGAAACCAAACCACUCUUGGAUAUGGUCGAUGAGAAUUUGGAAAAAUGGAAGAUAAAAAAGGAAUCCUCCAUAUUACCAGUCUCCUUAUAAUAAGAUACUUAUUUAUUAAAUAAUAAAAUUAUUACUAACAAUGAAAUUUGUUUAUCAAAUGAUUAAGAUUUAAAUAUAAACUAUGAGUAAGGA